AGCAUAAGCCAACAAACUGUCUUCUUUAAAUUCACCUCUCUCACGGACACUCCCUGCCGAGCGGAAUGGACGAAUCUUUUUGUGCCCCCACACUAAUUUGCCCCCCACAUGCGCCUUUGGAGAAACCAGGGCUGACAUGACAUCCCCGGAAAAAGAGCGGAAACCUCCCCAGCAUCCAUCAAACCCCAUCCGGCAGCAGACGGUGUGGACUGCGAGUCGCUGUGCGGCUUUGGUGACCCUGUGUGUGUUAUGUUACAGCAACUCUCUCCAUGGGGAGUUGGUGCACGACGAUGUUUGGGCAAUUAUCAACAACCCGGACGUUCGACCGAGUUCCAGUCUCCUUAACAUCUUCACCAACGAUUUUUGGGGCAAGAAGAUGUCGGAUAAUUCCAGCCACAAAUCUUACAGACCGUUUUGCAUUCUCACCUUUAAGUUGAAUAUCCUUCUUGGUGGCAUGACACCUCUCUACUUCCACAUUGUCAAUGUGUGUCUGCACUGCGCCGUAACCUGCGUGCUAAUGCACACGUGUGAACGGUGUGUGUUUGAAGAGUCGCACUUGGCCUUCGUCACGUCCGUCCUGUUUGCCGUGCACCCUGUGCACACCGAGGCUGUAUCUGGAAUAGUGGGAAGGGCUGAUCUGUUUGCUUGUCUGCUGUUCUUGCUAGCAUUCCUUUCCUAUAUAAGGAGUGUUGGUGUGAAUGCAUCCGAAGACUCGACACCCUCAACAGUGUCGGUGGGGUCUCUGCUCGGCAGUUUACUGCUGGGUACCUGUGCCAUGUUGGUGAAAGAGACGGGCAUCACAGUGUUCGGGGUUUGCAUGUUUUACGACGCUCUUGUGCUCUGCGGCAAGCCCCUCUUCCGUCACCUGUCUGGAACUGGCGUUAGACAACUUCUCCAGAUUUGGAAACCCUUCAUCAAACGAGCCUGUGUUGUCUCUAGCUACGUAUUGGCCAUUGUAUCAUUAAGACUGUGGUUAAUGGGAGGUUCCAUGCCUCUUUUCUCUGAACAGGACAAUCCUGCAUCCUUUGCACCUUAUUUUCUUACCAGAAUUUUGACCUACUCUUACCUGCUGUACUUCAACACCUGGUUGCUGAUGGCCCCCGUCGUGCUGUGCUAUGACUGGCAAGUGGGUAGUAUCCCUCUUGUUGAGUCGCUGAGUGACAUUCGCAAUAUGGCCACUGUGUUACUAGCUGUGGUGAUGGUUGCCCUCUGUCUGCACUGUAUCCAUUCAUUGCAGAGACAAAAGCGUAAGGAGGUGUUGAUGGGACUAUUGUUUCUAGUGUUUCCUUUCAUUCCUGCGAGCAACCUUUUCUUCAGGGUGGGAUUUGUUGUGGCCGAAAGGGUUCUUUACAUGCCUAGUAUGGGUUACUGUAUCCUGGUGGUUCAUGGCUUGAGUCGUCUCUCUUCUUUGGUGGGCCGUUUUGGCACCACAAUCCUUAGUGCCUCCAUGCUGUUGCUGCUACUGCUGUUCUCCUGGAAGACGGUUCAGCAGAAUAAAGUCUGGCUUUCCAGAGAGACUCUCUUCAGUUCUGGUAUCUGGACUCUUCCUCACAAUGCCAAAGUGCACUACAACUACGCUAACUUUCUAAAGGACAGCACUCGGCACCGAGAAGCCAUUUAUCACUACACCAUUGCUCUCAGGUUGUACCCCCGCCAUGCCAGCGCUAUGAACAACCUCGGCACUCUGACACACAAUCCGGAGGAGGCUGAGCGCUACUACAGGAGCGCACUGGACAUCAAUCCUCAACAUAAUCGAGCACUCUUCAACCUGGGAAAUCUCCUCAAGUCACAGGGCAAGGAGAAAGAAGCAGAAGUACUGCUGAAGGAUUCCAUUAACUAUGGCCCACAUUUCGCCGAUGCUUAUUCCAGUCUAUCAUCACUCUAUGCUGACCAGAAACGCUACGCUGAAGCCCAUGAAAUGUAUUUAAAAGGUAUUGAGAAUUGUCCUGACAGCUCAGACCUGCAUAAUAACUAUGGGGUAUUUCUGGUGGAUACUGGAAAGGAGGAGCUGGCAACUGUUCACUACCAGCAGGCAAUUCAACUUAAACCAGCUCAUUAUGUGGCCAUGGUGAACCUGGGCCGCCUUCUCCGCUCUUCCAAUUUGAACAAAGAGGCAGAGUCCUGGUAUAAAAGAGCACUUCAAGUGACAAGGAAGGUGGAGAUUCUGGCACCACUUGGGGCGCUGUACUACAACACUGGCCGCUACGAUGAUGCCCUGCAUGUUUACAGAGAGGCUGUUAUUCUACAGCCAGAGAACACUGACAUUCGGCUAGCACUGGCGCAAGUAUUAGCCAUGGCUGGCCAUACAAAAGACGCAGAGAAAAUGACCCGGGACAUCAUUUCCAGAGGGAACAGAUGCAUUGAAUGUUACCGCCUCCUGUCUUCCAUCUACAGCAAGCAAGGCAACCACACGGAGGCUCUGGAAGCUCUGAACAACGCUCUACACCAGAAUCCCAGUGAUCUUGCAGUGAGAGCGGAAUUGUAUUUCUCUAAAGGAAACCAGCUACGAGAGAUGAACCAAUUGGACCUAGCUUUCAAGAGCUAUAAAUUAGCUGUGGAACUCAACCCAGAUCAGUCACAAGCUUGGAUGAACAUGGGAGGGAUUCAACAUAUCAAGCGAGACUAUACAGCAGCCCGCAUGUACUAUCAGAGAGCAUUGAGUCUCAAUCCUGGGUCCAAACUUCUGAAAGAAAAUCUGGAGAAGCUGGAUCGGCUUGAGAGGAGGAUGACAGGAGUUCCGUAGUCCCCUUUACUUGAUUCGUCCUUGCAACUUCA